AUGGCUCAGCCUCCACAGCCGCCAUCGGCCCACGAUGCACCAGCGUCAUCUCCUCCGACGAUAGGGACAGAUCGGUCCAGCCAGCCACAGGCCCCAGUCACCGUUGAAGAUGCCGACUCGGACCCAGACUUCGACGACCUCGACGAUGUUCUUGACCAAUUUUCUGCUGCGGCAGCAUCGCAAGCGAAACCGCAAUCGCAACCCGCCCCGUCUUCCUCUGGACCUGGCAGACCAGCAGCAAGUGCAGCGGGCGCUCCAUCCACUGCAGAGUCCGCCCUGCCACCAGAUAUCCCCAUCCCACAGGGACACCACGCAUCCGAGAGUGAAGAAGAGUUCAUGGCGCGGCUGACGGCUGAGAUGUCGAACGUCAUGUCAAAGAUGUCGCUCGAUCCGGCGGCAUCGGCCAGUACAUCAGACGAUAUUGCAAAGAUGGGUCGGGAACUGGAGGAAUUUACGUACAAGAUGGAAGCAGAGGGCGUCCAACCCGAAGAUCUGCUGAAAGCGAUCCUGGGCGAGGAGACAGGCACACAAGUAGCUGAGGUGGCCGAGGCGGAGCGCGACCGGCGCGAGAGCGAGUCGAAGUCAAAAUCGCGCAGUCCCGAGAAGUUAAAAUCCAACCCUGGUACCACGGUCGGCAAGGAGGCGGCGGCGUCGACAUCAUCAUCAUCAUCAUCAUCGCAGCAGAAAUCCAAGACGAGCUCGUCGUUUGAAGAUACCAUUCGUAAGACGAUGGCACGGAUGGAAUCGUCGUCGGCCGCCGCGACGAGCGCGACCGCCCAGGCAUCCUCCGCCAAGUCUGAGGAAGACAUUCUCGCGGAGAUGUUGCGGGCGUUGGAGUCCGAGGGCGCCGGCGUUGGCGACGGGUCAGACGGUGACCUGUCUAAGAUGUUUCUGGGUAUGAUGGAGCAGCUGACCAACAAGGACAUGCUGUACGAGCCGAUGAAGGAGCUGAGCACCAAGUAUCCGGAGUGGCUGGAGCAGAACCGACCGAAAAUCGACGAGAGCGAGUUCGGACGCUUCUCGCGCCAGCGCGUCAUUGUCGACGAAAUCGUGGCCAAGUUUGAGGAGCCCAGUUACAGCGACGACAGCGCGCAGUGCAGAGAGUUUGUAUGGGAGAAGAUGCAGGCGAUGCAGAGCGAGGGAGCGCCGCCCGAGGAUUUGAUUGCCAACCCGUUCCCGGGCAUGGGUAUGCCGGGGCUGGGGUUGGGCGACGACACCGAGAAGCUUGAAGACGGGUGUCCAACACAAUAA